CACAAAGAAGAAGAACAAGAAGCUAUCCUCCAGUGAUGCUACUUGCUGGCUCUGGCUGCAACAAGCCCCUGUCCUGUACACUGCUGCACUUAACUGUAGUUUGGAGUCGCUUUUGUUGGUUUAUUUUUCCUCCAGCAAAAGUCGCAUUAAAUGGAGCCUCGUUGACUAUGCAUGCUGUCGGCAGGGUCAAAAGAAAGCAAGCCCGAAUUCACAAUGCGGAGGGAGUGACUACCGUCUUCAUUUUUUUGUUUUUUUUUUACGAUAAUGCAUUAGCUUUAAUUUAGGUGGCUUUAUGAUAGUAAACGGACAAGGCUAACGUUGAGUUAACCCUGAUUGACGGCUGUUGGGUGUCAACUAAUGGCGUUAAACAGCUAGCUAGCUAACAGCUAAGUAAAUUAGUUUGCAUUAACCUAACGGUAGUUGGUUAGCAGCGUAACUUAGUAACGUUUGCUGUAAUAGCCAUUAGCAGUGGAUCUGAGACAUUCCACUACAGUAGCUAAGUUAACGUUAAUUGUAUCCACGGUAUUAUUCAUGUGGUGGUUUGAUGGGGCUUCUAAGGAUCAUGAUGCCGGCAAAGUUCCAGCUUUUGGCAGUUUUGGCAUUUGGAGUGGCCAUGCUAUUUAUUGAGAACCAGAUCCAGAAACUGGAGGAGUCAAGAGCCAAACUCGAACGUACCAUUGCCAGACACGAGGUGGCUGAAGUAGAGCAGCGUCACAGUGAGGACGCUGGGCGGGAUUUGUCACCACUAGCAGAAAAAGAUGACAUGGUCAUCAUCUACAACAGAGUGCCCAAGACGGCCAGCACAUCCUUCACUAACAUCGCCUACGACCUGUGUGGAAAGAAUCGCUUCCAUGUCCUGCACAUCAAUACAACCAAAAACAAUCCUGUCAUGUCUCUACAGGACCAGGUGCGCUUUGUCAGGAAUGUCAGCUCAUGGAGAGAGAUGAAGCCCGGCUUCUACCACGGCCAUGUAGCUUAUCUGGACUUCUCAAAAUAUGGGGCGAAGGGUAGGCCCAUGUACAUAAAUGUGGUGAGGGACCCUAUAGAGCGCCUGGUGUCUUACUACUACUUCCUGCGUUUUGGAGACGACUACAGACCCGGGCUUCGGCGAAGGAAACAAGGAGACAGAAAGACCUUUGAUGAGUGCGUGUCAUCGGGGGGGUCUGACUGUGCUCCUGAGAAGCUCUGGCUGCAGAUCCCCUUCUUCUGCGGCCACCAUUCAGAGUGCUGGAAUGCAGGCAGCAGAUGGGCCCUGGAACAGGCCAAGGCCAACCUGGUGAAUGAGUACCUGCUGGUGGGAGUGACGGAGGAGCUGGAGGACUUCAUCAUGAUGCUGGAGGCAGCCCUGCCGCGCUUCUUCAGGGGAGCCACAGAGCUCUACAGAACAGGAAAGAAGUCCCAUCUGCGAAAGACCACUGAAAAGAAGCCCCCCACCAAAGAGACGAUAGCCAAGCUGCAGCAGUCUGACAUCUGGAAAAUCGAAAACGAGUUUUACGAGUUUGCACUCGAACAGUUUCAGUUUGUGCGUGCUCACGCUGUCAGGGAAAAAGAUGGGGAACUUUAUGUCCUGGCUCAGAGCUUCUUCUAUGAAAAGAUCUACCCCAAAGGGAACUAAACGUGUAGAUAGAAAAGAGAGACGCGGGCUGCACAGGGGCUUUCCAGGACUCUGUUAGAAGUCGUUUACACUGGGAGGAAGUUCAUCAAGAGAUGCUGGUGAACGCUUUUUCUGACCCUGUUACAGUACAGGAAAUCCCUUUCAGAGUGCACAGUGGAAUUUUUACGAGGGAUGCGACUAAUUUUUUUAUGUGGAACAUCUGAAAACCCAAACACAAGCAGCCUUUGAUUUAUGAAGUUUAGGUUUUGGGUGGAGCGUCAGCAUAAAAGCAGCAAGCCUCAACAAGUUUAAAACCAUUUUAAAAAUGUGUUUUUCUGACAGCUUCGAAAAGGACAUAAGCGCACCAAAGCUGUUCAGCUCCCUGUUGUAUUAUUGUUUUGCACACUUUACAUUUUAGGUGCACAAAAUCUUGUUUACAAGUUAAAAAUAGGGGUGCAACUGAUCACAAAACUCACGGUACGGAUUGGAUGACGUUUUUGAGUCACGGUUCGGAUCGAUUUUCAGAUCAGCUCAAAAAAAGGGGGGAAUUUAAAUGAUGUAUGUAAAAUAUUUAAUAACAACUUUUAACAAUAUUGACUUCUUGCACCAGUAAAUUGCUGUUAAACGACAAAAACAGAUGAGAAAAGGGUAUUCUACAAUAACUUUGAAUGCACCACGAUGUUUACCAGUUUCAAGAAAACUCAGCAUUUAGUCACGUCACGUGUUGUUUGUCCGACAACAGCAGUGACCAAGUGCUAGUUUGUGUCUUUUAGCUCAUAGGUUUAGUAGCGGACUGUCUAUGUCCCGGUGUUGGACGUUGGAGUGAAAUACAGUCACACUUUACACCGUUUAGCUGUCAGCAUUUGAACCAUGUUUAGGCUAACAGUAGGCUAACGUUACCUGCUGCCAAGUGUAACGUUAGUGUUAAUUAGCGGUGACAUGCAGCUAAUGCAUGCUUCUGUUUCUUCUAACGUCUGUUUUGGAGCAUCAGAGAGCAGCGCAGACAUUCAAGUGGCACCGGAAUGAGGCACUGAAAUCCUGGUUGCUAUUCCGUCCGGUAGAUACCGGUUGUUUAGGUUUGAACAUGUGCCAUUCACGUGAACAGACAAUUGCGUUGCCUGUAUCUUUUCACGGCAACCCGCCAUAGAGAUUUUUCAGCCUAGUUUAGGUAACAGCGACAGUCAAAAUGUAUUUUACAUUUUUAUUGUAUGGUUAAACUUUGCAACCGCGGUUCACAUGCAUUCCAAACCGUGAGUGUUGAUCCGUACAGACCAACUAUGGUCUGUUACACCACUAGUUAAAACUGUUACAAAACAACAACAAAAAGAAUCAGAGCUGUGUUUGUACAUACUGUAUUAACAUGCAGGGAACAUGUUUUUGGACCAAAUAGUAGCAAAAGACAAUAGAGUGGACCAUUGCAUCAUUUGGUGCGUGACAAGGAAUUUUUUCAAUCCCUCUGAGAUGUUCUCAAUUUCUAGACACAUUGUUUCAGUAUUUUAUCACAGAGAUAGUGAUGUGCAUCGUUGAUAUAACUGAUAUCUGCUGUUUUUAGCCUGUGAAAGGACCACAGCCUGACCAAGAAGGGAUUCCUGAAAAAUAAUAUUUAGAGGACAGGGUUUUACGGCUGCAGCUAACGUUUAUUUUCAUUGUCGAUUCGUCUGUCAAUUUAUUUUCUCAAUCAAUUAAUUGUUUGGACUAAAACAUGUCAGAAAAUGUGGGGAGGUAGAGCUGAUAGUGCCUUUAUCACAAAGUUAAGGACAUUUCUUUUGCAUAUAUUUUCCAGUGAUCUCACAAUCAUGUUUUUUUUUUCUUUUUUUGUGUAUUCCUAUGAACUGCAGUUCCUGUUUCUCUUCAGUUUCACAUGCCAUUAAGAACAUGAACAUAAAUAGAGAACAGCAAAUG